GGAAUAGUAUGUGGCCGUUGUUGGAAAGCUGUGUUUAUUUUUCUAAAAGUAGAUGCUCGGAGAGGGAGCGUGUGAACUCUGCCAGAUGCUGUGGGUUCACUGAGAUAUCUCAUUUUGUGGUGGGGAAUUUUUUUUUUUGGAAGAAAAAGUCUCAUAAGGUCCAGUGAAAUGAUUAGCAUAUGUGUGUAUGUGUCUGUUUAUCCUUGAGCGCUAUUGUGCCCGUGAGAACAAGGGCUCGGCCAUUACACCCCUCUCAAUUUAUGCUGUAGAAACAUGAAUUCGGUGUCAUUGUUGACAUUAAUUCUCAGCUGAAAUCAAUGAAAAUGUGCACACACACACACACACACACACACUGAAGCAUACACAUUGCCCUCAAAGUCAUCUGUAUUCUGUAUAAUGUAUAAACUGAAAGCCUUUUAGUCUGCAAAACAGAACUAUGCAAACAUCUGCAAAGUCUGCAGAACUGUCUCCCUCUAUCUCUUUUCCCCCCUCUGUCUCGUUGUCUCCUGUGUUUGUAAGCAGGGUUUAGAUUAUGCUAAGUGGGAGGAUUUAGAGCAGUUUAGGCACCUGGGCUGUCAACUGUCUCUUUCUUCGUGUCGACGUGCUGGGAGAAAUAGCACAUGUUAAUGAGCUGCUAAUGUUCGCUGGGAACAAGAGCCAGUGAAUGUGUGUGUUUGCUCGUCUACUCGAGUGUGAGUGGCUGCCAAUGGCCUACGAUGCCUCUUUGUUUGAUCUGAAAGUCGUAACUCUGGAUGUUUCUAGAAAAAAAAGAUUGUUACGGCUACGAGGGAUGCAUACGGAAUAAGAAUGUCACUAUUUUCUGUGUGCACAGGGAUUUCUAGUACUGCAUCGUGUUCUGUUGGUUCGAAGAGUACUGAUACAUCGUUUUGGAAACCAGCCAAAAUAAAAACAAUGUUGAGGUUUGUCAUCAAUUGGAGUUGAGGAGCAGUGCCCCUCACCCUUCCUGGAUUGGCACAGACUCUGUUUACUCCUUGAGUGCCAGAACAAUUAGUUAUGUUAAUUACAAGACCCCCCUCACUAAAUACAUUAAAUAGGUUGAACCCCAUUGGCUGAGAGCCACAGGGAGAAAGGGUGUGGCCAAGGCUCUGACAUCAGCCCUCCACUUUGAGUAAGCAAAGAGAGUGUGGGAAAAGACACAGAGAGAGGGAGACAGAGAAAGAGAGAGAGAGCGCUACGUGCACACACAUGCGUUAGCCAGCAAGGACUAGAGAGUUGGAGAUUGAGUCAAAGACAACAAAGGACAGAUAAAGGCGUGUGGUUAGAGAAGAGAGGAGAGAGAGACAGAGUGAAAGAACGAUUACACUGUGCAGAGGGCAACAGACGAGAGAGAGAGAGAAAGAGAGAGAGAGGGAGCAGCAGCCGCGUGUGUGUGUGUGUGUGUCGUCCUGCCUGGAUCUCCUUUCCCAUCUGGCCUCCAUCUGUGUCUCUGGUUGAGGAGAGCAGGCUGACUGCAGCCCACAUAUGUGGGAAGCUUAACACAUGCCCAGCAUAUGAAGGCAAGCGAACAGGGGAGAAUAGAAAGAGAGAGAAAGACACACACUCACACACUCCGAGGACAGCAGCAGAAGACGGCAAAGGACAGGCUCAUCACCACUCUUUUGGAAUAAGCCCGGCGAAGAACACACUACCUUAGGGAGGAGACAGUGGAGUGAAGAAGGUCUCUGCCAUGCCCGGUUCCCCUGUGGAUGUGAAGACUCAUUCCAGACCGGCACCCUCCGCCAUGCCUCCUCUACCGUCCAUCAACCCCAGUGGCCCCCGGCCGGCCUCCUUCUCCUCCACAGCGCUGACCAACGGGAUGAACCACUCUCCGCCCACCCUCAACGCAGUCCCCUCCCCCCCACAGCGCUACAGCAACGGCCCGUCCUCCUCCUCCUCUUCCUCGCUGGCCAACCAGCAGCUGCCCGCCACCUGCGGCGCCCGGCAGCUCAGCAAGCUCAAGCGCUUCUUGACCACGCUACAGCAGUUCGGCAACGACAUCUCGCCCGAGAUCGGGGAGAGCGUGAGGAACCUGGUGCUGGCCCUGGUGAACUCCACUGUGACCAUUGAAGAGUUCCACUCCAGACUCCAAGAGGCAACCAAUUUCCCCCUGCGGCCAUUCGUCAUUCCUUUCUUAAAGGCCAACCUGCCCCUGUUGCAGAGGGAGCUGCUGCACUGUGCACGCGCUGCCAAGCAGACCCCGGCGCAGUACCUGUCCCAGCACGAGCACGUCCUGCUCAGCACCGCCCUGCCCUCGCCGCCCGACUCCAGCGAGCUGCUGCUGGAGCCGCGGGAGGACAAGAGACACAGCCCCAACAGGGGAAAGGAGAAUGGCUUUCACGAGCGGCCCCCGGCCCCUCUGGAGCCCCCAACUAAACGCAUCUGCACCAUCAGUCCCGCGCCCCGUCACAGCCCCGCCCACCCGCUCCCGCUGGCCAGUCAGGUCCACCCCACGCCCCCGCCCCUCCAGCAUUACGCCAUCGACGACAUCGCCGCCCCCCACCCUCUCUACAGAGAGCCCCACAGGAUACUGGAGCUGAGGGAGCUCAAAGACAGACCCCGUCUGCCAGGCACAAAUGGAGCCUACCGUGAGGAGUCAGUGGACCACAGGCUGACUGAAAGAGAGUGGGCAGAUGAGUGGAGACAUCUCGACCAUGUUCUGAACUGCAUCGUGGACAUGGUGGAGAAGACCCGGCGCUCGGUCAACGUGCUGCGGCGCUGCCAGGAGGCCGACCGCGAGGAGCUCAACUACUGGAGGCGGCGCCUCAGUGAACAGGAAGACCCCCGCAAGGCUGGACCAGGGGCUCCCCCCUUCUCCAAGACCCACAGCCCACACACAGCGGAGGCCCUCAGCUCAGAGGCGCAGAGAGACUUCCCAAACCACCCAGGAUCUACUUAUGUGCCUGAAGAGAUCUGGAGGAAAGCCGAGGAGGCAGUGAACGAUGUGAAGCGGCAGGCCAUGGAUGAGGUGCAGAAGGCCGUGGCAGAGGCCGAACAGAAGGCCUUUGAGAUGAUUACAGCGGAGAGAGCUAAGAUGGAGAAGACACUGGCCGACACCAAGAGGAAGGCCGCAGAGGAUGCCAUCCAGGUCAUCAACGAACAGGAGGACUCCAGCGAAUGCUGCUGGAACUGCGGGCGGAAGGCCAGCGAGACCUGCAGCGGCUGCAACGCGGCGCGCUACUGCGGCUCCUUCUGCCAGCACAAGGACUGGGAACGCCACCACGUCAUCUGCAGCCCCAGCCUGCAGGCCCAGCCCAAGCCCCUGUCCGCCCUCAGCACGCGCAUCCUGGCCAAGGCCCCCGAGAGCGCCCCGGCCCCCAGCCCCGGAGGCCUGGAGAAGUCCGCUUCCGGCACCUCCAGGGCCUCCACACCCUCCACCCCCACCGCCUCCACCCCGGAGGCCAACAGACACUAGUGUGUGCAGCGGGUGGGGAGGGGCAGCAGAGACACAUGGAGAGAGAGGAAGAGCGUGAAGCCAUGAUAUGCUAUGUAUAGGAACUCAACAAGUGGAGCACGUAGUGGAUGAUGUGAAAUGCAGCUGUGAAGUCAGGAGGAAAAUUGCUGGCUUUUAUUCGAUGACAUCGGAGGAAAUGGCACAGGCUUGAAGACACAUCAUUAUCAGUUGGAGAAAUAGACAAUCCUCCAGGAGAAUGGACAGUGUGUGUCUGUGUGUGUGUGUGUGUGUGUGUGUGUGUGUGUGUGUGUGUGUGUGUGUGUGUGUGUGUGUGUGUGUGUGUGUGUGUGUGUGUGUGUGUGUGUGUGUGUGUGUGUGUGUGUGUGUGCUUCUUCGCCUGAUGCUGUUAGCCAGCAGAAAGCAUGGGGAAAAAAUCGGACACUUGAUUUCUCAUGUCUGAAUUUCUCCUCGUUGGUGGCAACAGUAACCAUGGAAAAUUCCCUCGGUUUUUCCCCUCUGUAUGUUUUGGCAAUAAUGUUGUCAAACCAGAACAGAAGGCAUUCACUAGUAACAUACAAAUGCUCUCCCACCUUUCUGUUAUUAAUGUAUAGUAUUUGGUGUUGUUCAUCGUAAUGCACGCACAAGUUGUCGUCAGGUUGGUGAGUGUGAGUGUGUACAUGUGUUGGUCAGCCCAAGUGUGAGUUCGUAUGUACGUGCUUAUGUGUUGGGGGGAGAUUUUGGAGGUCUCUGAGGGAAAUUUUCUUCUGUUUAAAAAAAAAAAAGCUGACAUUUACACUUUAAAGCAUUUGUAUCAUAUCAGAGCAAUAUAAAAGCAUGUGUUCGGGUAUCAUAAGCAACCAUGUGUCACCAAAGUUUCAUUGUCUAACGGUUGUGUCACGCACGCAUAGGCUUGACAUCAAAGCUACAUGUAAAGAUAUCAUGUCAUGAUGUCAUAAAGUCACUGUCACAACCCAGGAUUUGGAAGCACAGAAUGUUUUAAAAAAUAAUUCAUAUUUAGUCAGUGUCAUCUUUAACAAAAUCAACAACCAGUGUAGACAAACUCCAUUUUCUCUGAGGCACUGCCAUCCAAUUCUGGUACUGGAAUGUGGUUGUACAAUUUGGAUGGUGACCCGGAUGCUAUUUCAUGUUCAGAUGAAGGGAUAAUCCAUCAUGUAAAGUGGCCCUUCUGGUCCAUGUUUGGCAGCCCUGUAAACGUAUGGUGUAUGGUGUUACCUGUUGGUGUUAAGAGCUCAGAGCAUCUGAAUCUCAGGAGUUACGUGUAUUUCCAAGGAUGUGUUCCUUUGUCAUGUUUAGAUAAGAUAAAGUGCAGAACAUAGAGCCUUUUGUUUCUUUACUUUGUUGUCUCGUCACGUACCUUUUUUUCUUAUGAUACAAAGCAGACUUGAUUCCAUUAUUUUUUCAUUAUAAAAAUGUCAUAUCUGUAAAAAAUAAUAAGAUUAUCCUAAAGAAUAUCUUUAUUUUGUGAGCCACAUUGUUCUUCAACAACACUUUUUCGUGAGACUUCAUAAGAAAGGGAAUAUUGAUAUGAAGUAGAACAAUAAAAUGAAUAAAGAAAAUGAUGCAAA